AGCCGCCGAGGGUCGAGCCCCGAAGCCCCAUCGGCACUCCCCGCCUCGCACCUCCUCUGCCGCGCGGAUGGCGGCGGCCGCGCAGGGGCCGCCCCGGCCGGGCGAGGACGAGUGCAGGGCCGCCCUCCGGGACAUCUGGCGGAGCAGGCCCCAGGUCUCGGCCCCGAUCCUGCUGCGCCGGGAGCUGGAGCGCCACCUCGGCCUCCCGCAGCGCUCCCUGGACGACGUGCAGUGGGUUGCGCAGCUGUCGCAGGCCGAGCGGGCGGCGCGCGAGGAGCAGCGGCGGGCGGAGAGGGGCGGCAGGCGGCGAGCCGCCGACGGCGGCCGGGACCUGCGGGCGCCCCGCCCCAAGGCGGCGCGGCGGGCGCGGCCGCCGGCCUGCGGCGCGGAGCGCGGCUGGCGGGAGCUGUGGGACACGAGGCGCUUCGCCGACGCCGCGGUGGAGUGCGGCGGCCGCCGCCUGGAGGUCCACAGGGCUGUGCUCGCGGCGCGGUCGCCCGUGCUGAUGGCGAUGUUCGGGCAGGAGGGCAUGCGGGAGGGGCUCGCGCGGGAGGUGGUCAUCCCGAACUCUUGCCCUGGCAUCGUCGAGGCGAUGCUGAUGUACAUGUACGUGGGCGAGAUCGGCGAGGGGGUGGAUUGCGCGGGGCUGCUGCAGCUGGCCGACCAGUACCAGGUCGCCGGGCUCCCGGAGGCCUGCGCGGAGGUCCUGCUGGAGGAGCUGGCCCCGGAGACGGUGGCUUCGACGCUGGUCACCCUCAGGGAUUGCAGGCACUCGAGUCCCCGCCUGGAGGCCGCCUACGAGCAGGUGCUCAAGUGCGUCCGCAGGGACAAGGCGCUGGUGCGGGCGGUGGCGGAGCACGUCGACGCGUGAGGCGAUGACCCAGCGAUGUUGUUUUUUUUGUCAGCUGAUCCCUCCCCUCCUCCUCCUCCUCCUCCUCCUCCUCCUCCUCCUCCUCCUCCGCCUCCUGCUCCACCUUGUGCCCCUCCUGCUUCUGUAGGCGGCGGAGGGCCAGCUCCUGUCGUAAGGCGGCCUCUGCGUUGACUCUGACCUCCUCUGUGCCCUUUCGGCCCUUCCCACCGGCCAACCACGAGGAGGACACCCGUAAUUUGCGUGGGCCUUGGCAGCGCCAGGCGGCGCAGCACUCUGCGACUGCUCGUCGUCGUUCCCCGUCCUCGUCCUCAUCUCGGCGACUACAAAGGGUGCGGUUACGCUGGGGUGUGUUUUGCAACGUGCGCCCGUUGGUGCUCGGGAGGCACCACGUUGCCCUCGUCGGGCCUCCUGGGGGCGCGGCGGAGAACUCUGUCGAGGCCCUCGCCCGCUCCCCAGGGCGCGGGUUGCAAGCCACACCCCCUGCAAACCACACCCCUCGGAGCCGCCGGCCCUCGUCCCUCAUCCCUCCUCCUCGUCAAGCCUCGGCGCCUGCCGGCUGAGACGGCAGGCCCAUACGCUGAGGCUGCCCGCCGAGCGCCCGUGCUCUCAUCCCCUCCGUCGUUCCCCGUGCCUCGUGGCGGGUGCGGUCUCUGUCGCGACGGCACGCCCGAGCGUUGGAAGGCCAACAUCACCAUCCCCGUCCAAUGUACGCCUGCUGGUGGGGUCCAACCUCCUGGG